AUGGCGGUCGGAGAAAUAGUAGUAGUUCAUCAGCGUCUAAUACGUCAAUCAGUGACAGCGAUUCCGAAAGAGAAAAAGAAGAAAAAAAAAUUAAAAAAAGAUAAAAAAUCCAAGAAACAUUCGGAAAGUAAAUCAUCAGGUCCGGUGCAGCUGUCUCAGUACCUUCAAGAACGGAAAAAGGAUGAGGAUCAACGAAGUGCAGUCUCCGGGAAAAAAAUGAAACUUAAAAUCAAGAAAUCAACGGAGGAUAAGCAGAGAGAGAAGAACAGACAGGAAUUGCUUAAUUUUUUAAAUUCCCAGUUUGGCUAA